AGUACGAAGAAAGAAGGGGGUUCCACUGGCUGUCUUCGUCACUAACCUUUUCGACAUGGAUGUUGUCAAGACGGAUGCCGUCAUUCCUGAUCGUCCAACACGGGUCGGAGAAUGGAAGCAGCGUACGAUCAACGGCAUUACACUGGCCCUAUGCGUUCUGCUUCUGUUCUGCGUCGUCGUCACGGUUGUUACAGUGCAGGUCCUCUCAGAUAACGAAUCAUCGGCUCCGACAACUUGUCAGGACGAUGGCCAUACCACGGCAACACCGAGCACUCACCGCGGAGAUCUCGAUGCACCAGCCGGCGCUAGGCUUCGCGUCCAGAAGACAUCUUCAGCAAGCACCAGGCCACUCAUCUGCAUCCUGAGCUCUGGGAUCAGCAAUGUGGAUCAGAUUCCGAGCGGCCACUGCACGCACCUCGUCUACCUCGGUUUCCGUCACGUUAUAUCAACAAACUCUUUCGCUCCUAAGAAACGUAUCAUCUUCGACGCAUUUCAAGCGCUUUCUUCGACCACGAAGCUUUUCAUGGGCGUGCAAAAGCCUUCCCUGGAAGCGUUUGCGAACAAACCUCACUACAUGGGGAAGUUUAUUAAUGCAAGCGUGUUCUGGUUGCCCAAACACAGCCUUCAAGGGGUUGCCUUCAUGCAGUACCACACGGGGGCCACACGAUUCAAGAAGUUCGCCCAUGUGGUCCAGGCGAUCUCAUCUAGUUUACGUAGCGUGGACCUGGAGGUAAUGCUUGGCGUGACGGUCCAUUCUGCAAAGAAAGCUAUUGCCGAGGCAGCUGUAUUGAAGAGCAUUUUUCGGCAUGUCAAUUACCUCAUCUUGGAAACCCAUUACCAUUCCCUGAAUGAGACGUGCAGGACAACAUGCCCGACUGUGUACGACGACAGUCGGUCCCUCACCACACUCGUCUCUAUCCUGACAGCGGUGCAAUGGAUCCAGAGCUUCGCUGAAUCUGGUUCCGUGUGUUUCUCCGUCAGCCUUUCAUCCCACUGGUUCAUCGUACACCAAGGAGCACCUAAGAUAGCUACGCGAUGUAUUCGUCACGAGCAGGCGUCCUACAAAACUAUAUGUGCCGCGCAAGGCUACUGGCAGCACGAACCUGACCUAGAUGGGUCCUUGUGCGACUACAAAUGGACAACGGGACGCUUCGUCUCGUACGACAGCGCCUCUUUACUAGCCGUUAAGGUUCAGAACGCCUUGGAAGCAUACCCAGUCACCCCCUGCGUCGCUGUGUACAACGUGGACCUCGACGACUACGACGGCACCUGUCCCAAAGGGAUACCCUUCAAGCGGCUGCAGGCCGUUCGCCGAGCUCAAAUUGCUGCGUCUGUGCCACGAGUCUGGACUUCUGGAGAGACUGCUCCAUCAAACGUGUCCCCCAUACAAAGAGAAGGUGCAGAAGAAAAGGCCAGGAAUGGGGAAGGCCCGGUAGGGUCCAGGUGCAUGCCAUCAGCGAAAGACCCUCGUCGUCCACUCAUCUGCAUCAUAUACCAGAAGCCCGGACGGCAGAACAUCAUUCCUCGAGACACCUGCACACACGUGGUUUACGUCCACGGGGGCAGCCUGGAUCCUGCGCACCUUCUAAACAUUCCAACAAGAGACAUUGAGGACGUGGCAGAUGCGGAGUACUAUUUGUUCUUGGCCGUCGACCACACGGUCCUGCACUCGAAAAGUGCCGCAUCCUAUUCGUUUCGGUCAUCGCAGCUGCUGAAGAGUGUGUCCGCGAAGGGGCUUGCCGUGCUGGACGUCAGCAUCAUAUCGCCGUCGCUUCAUGCUAACGCCGUGAUUAAGCAACUGGGUGACGACUACCACGCAAUCGACCUUUGCCUCAUGAUGAGCGUCGAAUUGUUUGACCUGCGGGACAGAGAUGAAAUCUUGUUGAAUAACAUCCAAUAUAUUGCGCAGAACCUGGACUUCCUGGUCUUCAAGACCCACUAUGACGGCCAAGCGGGUUUGUGCCGUGUCACCCCUGUGUCCACAUAUGACCCGAUGCCUGAUCUGUGCAUUCCGGUUACGUCAGUGAAAACUGCUCUAGCUUGGAUGCAUGCGGCGACACCGAUAGAGCCCUGGAUGUGUAUCUCGCUCGACAUGAGGGUAGCAAGAUAUUUCACGUGCGAAGACGUGUGCCUCAACUCUCCGUGCAUCGAGGAAGAUUCCAUAGACUAUUCGAACGUAUGCCCGGAGAAAAACGACAUGUUGGACAUUACCGUGGACGGGAACGUGAUGUCUAACGUUAAAGCCAUCAAUUAUACUAUGUUUUCGUACGAGGAGACUCAAUCCUUGGAAAAUAAGGUCUGGAUCGCUCGUGCACUCUUCACCAAUGUCUGCGUCGUUGCUGUGAACCCAGAUCUUGAUGAUCCUCAUGCAAAGUGCAGUGCUGGGAGGUUUCUGCGGGUUAAGGCCAUUCGGCACGCCCUGGAUGACACGGUUCAGUCUCCCACUCCCACUGAAUCAGGAAGACCCGGACAAUCUGAGUCUGAAACCACAUCGAGCUUGCGUCCCCCUCAGGAAGCUGGUGCGCGGCUACAUUCCAUAGAAAGAGACACAACAUAUGGGGGUCCGCACGGGUCUAAGCACUCGAACUCCAGUGCAGUUCUCGCGUCUGGACGUAAUGGUUCUUACGGCGCGUCAGUACUCCAAGGCCAUUGCUUAGGGAACUGCAAGCCAUUUGUGUGCGUCUUGCGGUCCUUCUGGAAGUACGGAGUGGAGCAUAUCCUGCGGCAGCCCUGCACCCACAUCGUCUUAGAGAUUUUCAACGAAGACUCACUCGAGCUCAGCGAUGCCCUGGAUAUGACAGCAGCUUUGACAGCUCUUCACCAAUUGGUGUCCAACGAAGUCGACAAGAGACGCUUUCUGUUGUCCCGCGUGAGAGGUUUCCCCCUGCAGGUCCCCCUUCAACAAACGCUGAAGGCGUUGGCUGAUGUGGCUAAGAAUAUCACGGCCUGCUUGGCAAAAUAUAAUUUGGACGGAAUCGCUCUGCUGGACGUCAUCGGCAACUCCCUCUACUUGCAAACUAUCUCCAGCGAUGUUACGAGGCUUCGCGCAAUGAUCCCUAACAACAAGACUAUGGUACUGGCAGUACAGGUGACCGAUUUCUACACGAACGCAACAAUCGUCGCAUCCCGUUUGACUGAACUACUUCGAACUGCAGACAUCGUGAUUUUCAUGGCACACUUUCAUCGUCUGUGGAAGUUUUGCAGGACGUGGCCCCCGUCGGUCUUCGCAAGCAACUACACCUGCCAGCCAACCACGCCGCUUACGACCGUCACGAGAUGGAUGCAGAUGGUGGAGAUCCUCCAAUUUGGAAUGACGGGUACCCCGCGCCCUCUGCCGCCCAUGUGUAUCUCCUUUAACCUUGCUGUGCUUCGCUUCAACUUUGUUGGUCGGCGCCAUGGUCACGGGAACGUCUGCGAUCCUUCAGUAGAGUACAUUGACUACAGCCAGGUCUGCAACGACACCAGAAUGCCGCGAUUGGACCCGCUGUACAACACAACUCGCUAUAAGGUUAGAGGCAAUGUGUGGGAUGCUUACGAAGAUGAGGAGCUGCUUGCAGCUAAGAUCGCAAAACUUGUGGGAAGUUUUCCGCAGCUAUGCUUGGCUUCCUUUAACACCGAUGCGGACUUCAACAGCAAACAGUGCAGAUCCCAGUAUCCCAGGUUGACACGCAUGGCUGAAUUCGCAGGUUACCCAAUAGACCAUAACGCCUCUUCAGAAGCGUCUGCUUCUGCGAGGAAAAACAUUGAAGCGUCCGUCGAACUGUCAACGCCGCUCCAUAAGAUAGUGCCAAGAAAGGGAGUCUCCUUCAAUACCAAUCCCGUGGUCUGCAUCAUCGUCGGUCCCGCCGAAGGGAAGCAGGUAUAUCCGAGAAGGGGAUGCACUCAUUUCGUUUUCGCCGAUGAAGACACUAGGGCUAAAGGACUUCCUUCGAGAGGAACGUCGUGGGAGACGUUUCUCGAGAUGCGACGCAGCCUGUCUCCCUAUGGCGUGAUGUUCCUUUUGUCGAUGGACGUGAGCAAAGACCUACGUUCUUGGGAAUCACUCGAUAUCCUCGAGUUGUUCCUCAAGGACAGUGUGGAGUGGCUGCUUGAGUACCGCCUGCAUGGGUACGCUCUCCUUGGCCUCAAGAUUCCAUCGGCUAAGUUCGCCAGUUUAGGGAACAUCAUGCAGCUGUUUCACACUACGUUCUCGGAAUACGGUCUUAUGGUUGUACUUGGAAUUUCCUUGCCCGAUUAUGAUCCUGAGGAUACCAUAGCGACGGAAAGGUUAGCCACUGCGUUAAGAAAUGCCGAUAUGGUAAUCUUCGAAACGCAUACGGCCGACACGUCUUCUCCCUGCAAAUUUACUUUCCCGUCAUCACUGGAAGAUGUGACAGAUUCUUCAACGGCGAUACUGACAGCCGCAUCGUGGAUGAAAGCGUUCGAAGGCACCAAUUCUCAACUGUGCUUCUCUGUCGGUCUCCACGUGUUCCUGUACGAACUGUCCGCGUCUGAAGAAUGUCGUACCAAGAAACUUGGCUCCUACGACCAGAUUUGCGUUGGCAGUCACCGAAGAGAUGAGACGUUGGACAGACGCGUCCAAUCGUCAUAUCAAGUGCACGGCGCAUUUUCUGCCACCUAUGACACUGAGUACAACGUCGGAAUGAAGGUCUCGGCUGCGCUAGAGAAGUUCCCUGCGGCCUGCAUAGCAGCGUACGCGGUCAACUAUGACGCUAGGGACUGCAAGAAUGACUCUUUCACAAGAUUCUACACCAUCGUUGACGCCUUGCGCAUUGAGAGGACGUACAAUCCCAGUAAGACUGUUCCAGAAACGACUUCGACGGUCACUGCGGGGGCCGCCUCAGCUUCCAUCGAAACGGGCACACCACCCUCAGUAGAGGAAGCUUCUGCACAGACCCUGUCGCCUGUAGUUCAACAGAGUUCAACGAUGCCUCCUGGUGAACCACAACAGAGCAACAGCUUGGUCUGUAUUCUCUACGAUGGCUUCGAAACCGCGGACAUGUACCCCAGGCAGCACUGUGACUACCUCAUCUUCACGGACGUUGUCUUCGAUGAGGCUGGCUCUACCUUUGUUCCGCAAUCAGACGAUGAAGUGAGCUUCAAGACCUUCCUCGGCCUCCAAACACACGUUCAAUUUCCGCUUUUGGCUGCUGUGAACGAGGCAGAAACGUUGGAUGUCUACGUUCCCCAAUGGGAAAACGACACAUUCGCCGAAGCUUUCGCGAUGGCCGCCGUCCGAUGGCUUCGAAAAGUGGGACUCAAUGGUCUCGCGUUUGUGGACAUCUUUAUCGGACCCGAAGAUAUGGACUCGUUUUUGGUCAUGCUUGAGGGAUUGAAGGCAUCCUUUGUUCGCCAAGACCCUCCUCUUCUGCUCGUGUUUGGGGCGCACAUAGCAGAGAUCGAGGAGCUCGUGAACCGGGACAGCGCGCCCUUGCACCAGAUUGCAAAGGCUGUGGACGUUAUGAUAAUCGAAACUCACCACGCCAGGAUCCAACAUCAGUGCCACGUGGUGCCGCCUUCGCCCUUCACGGUAACGCACGAGGGCAUUAGUGUCGCCAUGGAGGGUGGCGUGGAAAUUGCAAAGGCGCUUCGAAAGAGUACCACACAGCGGCCACCAACUAUAUGCGUGUCUGUCAGCAUGGCCAAACUCAAGUUUUCCUUUGUGGACGAGAGCGGCAACUGUUCUAAGGAAGAGUGGAUUGCGUACGACCAGGCCUGUAAUCUCGAUGACGUCCCCCAGAACGAGACGGAUGUGUACCUCGUAAGCAAGGAUGACGUUCUGGCAUUCGACAAUGAACGUACCCUGCAGAAAAAGGUGAAAGAUAGCAUCGCGCUGGAUCCACUUAUCUGCGUUGCCGCUUAUUACGUCGACUUGGAGGACAACACGGGCUUCUGCGACGUUCACAAAGUUCCAUUUCGGCGUCUGGAAACGACGUGGAAGACGCUUCAUAGAGUGGUGUAGAGUUACCUCAAGACAUCGGGCAAGGCCUGUUAUUGGUCCGCCCAUUAAUCGUGCCGCUAAUAUUUGGUCCAACACGUGACUGCUGUUCACGCUUUUAUUUCUUAGAUGUGCGUAAAAUGAUGCUUGCGAAAAUGUCUAUUCAUCCACGCUCGUUAUACAACGCUGAUAAUAAAAACAUUUCGGAAUAAA